AUGUUGCAAUUGUUGCUUACUAAUUGCAUGCAAAGUCUGCCAGCCGAACUUGUGACGUUUUUAACCAGUAUGCAGUCACAGUUCAAUGCACUUAAUGAAUGUACAGAACAUUUGGAAUCUCUUGCUGCCAAAAAUGUCCAAUUGCAUGCUCAAUUAGCUAAUGUUCAGCAGGAGAAUGCCAAUCUCCGAUUUCAAUUGUUGCAAAACAAUCACUGCAAAAAAAUGCCCGAUUCCCAUACGUUCUCUAAUAAUCGGCCUUGGAUAGUUGACAUUUGGUCUGGACAUUUGAUCCAGACAUUUAACAUUGGGUCUUUGUUUUGUAUUCUCGGUUUUGGGUUCUUGAUUUUGGGUACUGCAAUUCUACUUUGA